GCAAAGACCUGCUAUCAUCAAACAAAAAAAGAGUUUGUGUAGUGUUUGUCCCAUUUAGUUCUGAGAAAGAUGGAGCUCUAUGUAUUUAUGUUCAUGCUUGCCACACUUGUUUCUUCUGAGAACAAAGUUGUUCGUGAGUUUUUUUAUAUGAAUGGAUGCUCUGAUACAGAGAAAGAAAAUUUGUAUGGAUCUGAUGGAGAGGAACUGUGGCAUGCAGAUUUCAUUAAAGGAGAAGGAGUAGUUACUCUACCUGACUUUGCAGAUCCUGGUGGCUUUGAUGGAUUUUAUCAGAAUGCUGUUGCUGAACUAGAAAUCUGCAAACAAAACUUAGCCGUAGCCAUCAAAGCUUAUAACAAUCCUCAAGAGAAAAUGGACAAACCACAGAGUUCCAUCUAUGCUGAGGAUGAUUUGCAGUUGAAUGUUGAAAACACCCUCAUCUGUCAUGUGACUGGAUUCUUUCCUCCACCUGUCAGAGUCUCAUGGACUAGAAACAACGAGGCUUUAAAAGAAGACAGUCUAAGUCAGUAUCGCCCAAAUGAUGACGGCACUUACACCAUCUUCUCCAGUCUGCCAUUCACACCUCAAGAGGGAGACAUUUACAGCUGCACUGUGAACCACGUAGCUCUCGACCAACCUCAGACCAAAACAUGGGAAGUGGAUGUUGAUGUGCCUGGUGUUGGUCCAGCUGUGUUUUGUGGAGUGGGUCUGUCUCUUGGACUUCUGGGAGUCGCUGCUGGAACUUUCUUCCUCAUUAAAGGAAACAACUGCAACUGACAUCCCAGAUAUGGAAGCAAACUUUGAAAAUAAAUUGUAUAUAGUGUGCAACAGUCUCUGCAAAUAAAGCCAGAUUCAUUUGGUUCCAAUGAAAUUUAAAACUGUAAUUUUGAGAAUCAUUCUGUCACUCAUCACAUUAGUGACAGGAAA